AUGAGGCUUUCCGUCUGGAUUUCUGGUGUUUUAGCCAUUGUUAGUGUUACUCAAGGUGCGCUACUUGGUCUUGACUACGGCCAUGAGUUCAGCAAGGCGAUGCUGGUGUCGCCACAUGCUCCUUUAGAGUUGGUGUUGACAGCAGACUCUAAGCGUAAAGACGUGUCAGGACUGGUGUUAAAGAGUUGGAAAAGCGAUGUAGAACGGGUUUUUGGAUCUGGCGUCGAUUCUGCACAGGUUAAAACCCCAAACGGCGCGCUUUUGCACGUAAAAGCGCUAUUGGGAAAGAAGAUAGACGAUCAGUUCAAUGCCUACCAUAGAGCCCAUCCAGGUGUUGCUUUUGAAGGUACAGAGCGUGAUUCAGUAGCUUUGAAGAGUUUGGGCGGGGUUUACCCCGUGGAAGAAGUUGUUGGUAUGAAUUUAGAUGAGACUAUCGGUAGGGCCAACGCCAUGUUGCUGCAUGAGAAAUCUGCCAUGGAUAAAGUGGAUUCUGUUGCCAUUGCUAUCCCAGAGUACUUCACACAGGAUCAGAGAAUGGCACUGCUAGCAGGAGCCCAAUUGCCUCGUAAUGUCAAGACUGUUUUGGUGAACGACGGCUUGACUGUUGCCAUCAAUUUUGCGCUGAAGCAGCGGGACUUCCCAGCGGGCGAGAAAAAGCAUUUUGUUUUUUACGAUAUGGGGAGUGGCUCCACGCGUGCCUCGUUGGUCUCUAUCGAACAGCCCACAAACUUGUCCGAGCCCUUAGUCGUCGAGUUUAACGGGUACGGGUUCGACGCAGGGCUAGGUGGCUCUCAGCUCACCCAGAACGUUGCCGAUCUUUUGAAAAAUAAGUUCCUAGAACACCACCCAACCGUCAGAACGGAGGAACUCGAAAAUGACGCAAGAGCCUUGGUGCGUAUCCAUCAGGCCGCGGAAAAGGGGAAGUUGAUUCUAAGUGCGAACGCUGAUGCUUCCGUUAACAUUGAAUCUCUUCAUCAAGAUAUUGAUUUUAAGACCACGAUUACAAGACAGGAAUUUGAGCAGUUUUCUGAAGAUUUGAACAGUAGAAUUAUUACACCGGUUCUUGGAGCAUUGGAAAAUCAGUUCGGGGAUUCAGCGGUAACUCUAGGUGAUAUUGAGUCUUUGAUUUUGACCGGAGGAGCAACGAGAACUCCGUUGGUUCAAAAGCAGCUCUCCGAAUACUUUGGAGAUGAGCUCAUUGCGAAGAACGUCAAUGCUGACGAGUCAUCUGUUGAAGGAACAACUAUCCGUGGAAUCCAAUUAUUCAAGACUUUUCAAACAAAAGCCCUUGAUGUCAUUGAUCGCUCGAUAUUCACUUACUCGGCUGUUUUCAAUGAGAGUGGCACCCCUCUCGAGGUGUUUGCAGCUGGAUCCCAGUAUCCAAAUGUGACCUCAUAUUUAACUCCACCAGUGACCAACAUCACCAACUUCUCGAUUGAUUUGCGAGAAGAAGGCAAAAUCUUUAAAACACACACUAUCGACACACAACCCAUUACUAAAAAAUUUCAAGCUGAGAUGUGUCCUCAUGGAGUUGCUUACAAUGUGACUUUGUCGCUGUCGCAAGACCGGUUGUUCGACAUCGAUGGCGUGGAAGCGAUAUGUGUCAACAAUUCAAACACCGCCGCUGGAGUAUUCAAGAAACUUCUCUCUGGUUUCGAAACAAAUGACGAUGAGGCAUCUUCAGAAGGCGAAGAAUCAAGUAGAGGGGACAAAAUCAAAAGGCUAAAGACUGUGGAGAGUUUCCCUCACCUUAAGCCCAUGAGUACCAAAGAGAGCUUCACCCUCAGAAGUCACAUGGAAGACCUAAAUGAUAGGGACGCCAAACGCUUGAAAGUGCAAGAACUACUUAAUGUUCUUGAGAGUGCCCUGUACGAUGCGAGAAAUUAUCUUGAAGAAGACGACGUUGCUUCGGGUGGUCCAAGUGAAGAAGUCAGCAGCCUAGCGACUCUCGUUGAUGAGUACCUCGAGUGGCUCGAUGGCCAAGCAGACGACACUACUCCCGGGGAAUUGACAAAGAGGAUCAAAACGAUCACUUCUUUGAAAGGGAAGAUAGCCCUAUACUUAGAUUCAGCGGAUGAGCCUCUAGAUGCAAAUCACUUUGCGCAAAUGUACUCAAAUGGCAGCGAGCUUGUCAGGCAACUAGAGAAGAACAGACUUAUGGAAAACGAAACGCUAGAGGCACUUCGUGAGAGCUUCGCUCUUCUCGAAUUGGACGUCGUAAAGGAAUUCAAGAAACUGAGAGCACCACGUCAUUUAUCUCCUCCAAAACAUAAAUACAAAGACGUGAUGAAACGCAUGGAGACAGCUUUGGCGAAUGUUAACAAAUUCCAAGACCUCAAAUCUUUCGAUGAUGUGUCGCGCGAAAAACUGUUUGAACUAAAGCUGCAGUUUGAUUCUUCCUUUGAAGACCUAUCCAAGUGGUUGGAAUUCGAGCAAAGCGCUCAGAACUUUAGACUUAACGAAUUGGGAUCUCUUUACGGCAGACGCCAAAGAGUGAUAAAAAAGCGCGAAGAACGGAAGAAUCAGGCUUCCCAUUCACUUGAUGAAAACUUCAAUUCUACAACAUCUGGUGAACAGGAGUCAUCCUCCACUAGCACGCCUCUCGAACAUGAUGAACUGUAA